AACGUACUUGAAAAGUCUAUCAUUUUGGCUCGAAUGCAACAGAAAUUUUCCAUUCAGCGCUAUUCAAACGAGAGCCAACAUGGCGACACACUCGCGUCAGAUUCUAGUCUUUUCCCAUUGGCCAGUGGGCGGGGCCAAAGCCACAACGCUAGCCAGCUGAUCGCCUUUUUCUAGCGCUAGAGUUGGUUUUUCUUAGCUCGGAGGGAGCUGCCUUGCAGAGAUUGGGGGACUCUGCAGUUUUUUUUAAUUGUUUGUUUUUCACAUUUGGUUAUAAACAUCCAAGAAUUUGCUUUAAAGUUUAUUCCAUACGACAAGAAGUUGGGGCAGCAGCAGUUUUGUAUUUUCAGCUUAUAUGUCAUGUGUAAUUAAGUUUGACGUUUUUCCAAUUCUCCUAAUUUCAAAACGUCUGCAUGAAAAGUUAAAUGGAAAAGGAAAACGGUAGAGCGUUCUGGAUAAGUCGACGUGAUAGCGAGCAUCCCGUCGAUAUGUUGUUUUUACUAGAAAACCAGGUCAGUGUCAAUGUUUGGACGGACUCAUCCUCCUCCUCCUCAUCAUCAUCAUCCUCAGCCGAACUGAUCCAAGCUGCGGUUCCCCCGUCCGUUCAGCUCGGUCUCACGGUUCUCUACACGGUUUUGUAUUCGCUGCUCUUCGUGUUUGUUUACCUGCAGCUCUGGUUGAUUCUGCACUACGGACACAAGCGCUUCAGCUACCAGAGUGUUUUUCUCUUUCUGUGUUUGCUCUGGUCGGCAUUGAGGACGACACUUUUCUCUUUCUACUUUAAAAAUGUUGUUCAAGCAAACCAGCUUCAGCCUUUGCCGUUUUGGCUCCUGUAUUGUUUUCCAGUCUGCCUGCAGUUCUUCACCCUGUGUCUGCUCAACCUUUAUUUUGCUCAGGUGAUUUUCAAAGCCAAAGCGAAGUAUUCUCCAGAACUCAACAAGUACAAGGUGCCCCUACGUCUAGGAUUUCUGCUGGCCAGUGUUUUUUUCCUGGUCGUGAAUGUGACGUGUGCCAUGCUGGUUCAGGGUGAUGUGGGUGAGAGUCAAGUGAAGGAUGCCGUUCUGGCACGAGUGCUGGUUAACGACAGCCUCUUCGUUCUCUGUGCGAUCUCACUCGCCAUCUGCAUCUUCAAGAUCGCUAAAAUGUCAUCUGCCAACGUCUACUUGGAGUCAAAGGGGACAUCAGUAUGCCAGGCCACGGCCAUUGGGGCGGCAGUUAUCCUGCUCUACACUUCAAGAGCCUGUUAUAACCUGGUUGUGGUGGCUCUUUCUCCCGAAGAUCGGCCCAGCCCGUUCAAUUAUGGCUGGUACAAUGUAUCUGACCAGGCGGAUGCAGAGAAGAUCAAUGGGGAAGCCUAUGUGGUCUUUGGGAUCAUCCUGUUCUUCUGGGAGCUGCUGCCCACCAGUCUGGUGGUGUUGUUCUUCAGAGUGCAGCGACCCAAUCAGAACCUGACACCAGGCGGCAUGAUCAACAGUCACAGCUUUAGUUCCAGGGCGUAUUUCUUUGACAACCCACGCCGAUAUGACAGUGAUGACGAUCUGUCUAGAAACACAACUUCCCGAGGAGAAAGAUGCAGUGUCCUGUCAUCCACGCCGCAGACGGGCCCAAGCUGGUAUGGCUCGAUCCAAAGGAACGCCAGCCUAACGGCGAUACCACAUCUGCUGAAUGGCCCCCAAACAUCAACCGCCCCUCUUCUCUUUGCCUACGGCAACAUUCAGACCAACCAGCACCACAAUUACUAUUCCACCCCCCAGAACUACUACUCAACCUCCCAGACACACUACGCCACCCCUCAGAACUAAAGCAAGAUCCUUCUUUGGAACAAUCUAGUCUGAGGCUUGGCUCAGCCAGGAGAUCAUUGAACAAUGCUUUAUGGUCGUCUUCCUGCCCAAAUUGAUGUGGCAGGAAUUUAAAGGGACCAUACGAAGGUGAUGGGGGAAGGUUUGUUUGGACCAAACGAACAAGAUUUUCGAUGUUCUCAUUUCUGAAAACCAUCCAUCCAAACACUCAACAUUGGCGCAAUGAACUCCCAAGAGCCUUCAGCACAUGAACUCCCCUCUGUGAGUUGGGAUGUGCUUUUUUGCACUUAUCGUGAGCCUGCAUUUCAUAUUUGGAUCUACUGGAGUAGUCGCAGGCCAGAAUGUGGUGGUGCUGGUGAGUGUUUUUGGAGAGUGUGCUUUUUAUAUUCCAUCGUUUUUGGAGAAAGAGCAUGAUGAAAGAGCAUUCUGGAUCCGUCGGUACUAAGACCCAACGUGCACUGAUAUGUGACUCUUGAAUUCCUUUCUUACGUUGCCAAAGAGCCCGUGCUUAAAUCCAAGGUAGUAGAUUUCCACACGUCCCAACGACUGAGAUCAAGCUUAUUCAAAUGUACCAAGUUUGACUAGGAAGACUAACUCUACUUACAUCCUCUAAUAUUUUGGUACUUGGCUUUUGAAGGACAUUGUGGGCUUCUAUCAGUAGUCGAAAAUCCAGUAUAUCAUUCUCCAGGGUUGCCUGAAACGGUGCCAUCGUAUGGUUUUCCUAGCUGAAAACUUGUUGCACAAAAUUAAUGUUUGUAUUGAACAUAUUUCAUAAGCUUUAUAUCAUCAUUCCUGUAUAACUGUAUUUCAGAAGUGUGAUCGGUCAGCAUUCGAUGUUCCAUAUCCAGCUUAAAUGAAGCAUCCCCCUUAUUUCCCUAAAAAAAAAUUAUCAUUUUGUGUUUUAGCAAAAAAAAAAAAGCUUAUUUUUUUAAUCCCCUAAUUUGCUGCUCCAUAUGUUAUGAGCUGUGUACAAGAUAUCAACAAUCAUUUGGCUGAAGCAAUCAUUAGUUGUGGUGUAAAUAUUUUAAAUGGGCAGAUUGAAACUCCAUAUGCACUUGGUCUGUUAUUAGGUUUAUUUUUAAUAAAAAUGUUUUAAAUUGCG